AUGUUGUCUAAAUUUAUCAACAUUAUAAGAAAGACCUUAUUUAGCAUACACCUAAAAUUAUUCAUAAUUUGUUAGUACAUCUCGCUAGUAUUGAAGGUAAAUUCAUCAGAUGUGGAUCAAAUUCUCUUAACCUACUAGCUGACUUGACUAAUCAAAGCUUCGAAAACAUAAGGAUCAAGGAUACUUAUUGAUAGGAGGGAAUUUUUUUGGAUGCAACUUUAAUGGGUCUGAAUUUGACAGUAUAGACAUAAGUGGAUUGAAUUUGAAUGGAUGUUUGUUAAUAAAUUGCAAGUAGAAGAAUAUCAAGAUACAUGAACUUAACGAAUUAGAAGGUCAUGAGGCAUUUGUUAAUUAAGUGUGUUUUUCUCCUGAUGGGGCAACCAUCUUGUAGUGGAAAUUUUUUAGGUCUUCAAGCGAUAAUUCUAUGGUUAUUCAUAUCCAGUCAUGUCAGUCUGUUUCUCUCCUGAUGGUAAUACUAUAUAAGUUUAUGGGAUCUUAAAAAAGGAUAAUAAAAAAUCAGUUUGUACAGUCAACAUCAUUGUUCUUGUUUCAACUCCGUCUGUUUCUCUACUACCCUUGCAUCAGGUAGUUUGAUAAAUCUAUACGUUUAUGGGAUUUUAAAACAGGAAUAAGAAAAUCAUUUUAAUAGGUCAAGUGUAAACUCCAUAUUCUGGUGGAUGAUAUUUUUUGUAUAUUCACUUCAGGAUACCAUAAUCUUAGAUUUCUGAUUUCAAUUUAUCAUUGUAAUAUUUAAAAUCAUUUAUGA